UUUUUCCAUGCUAUAUAUCCCCGAGCUAAUGUUGCAGUCUGAUAGUGAUACUUUUUUAUUUGACCUCAGAGAUGGAAAAGUAGACUUACACCCUGUUUUGUUGCUUAAGCAUGCUGAUGUAUGUUGUCUAAAAGAUUGUUGAUUUGAUUGGUCUUGGGUAGUUAUGGCCUAUUUAAGGGACGGAACAUACAUUAAACACAAAAGAAUUUUAAUAAUCAUUUUUAAGUAACUUUUUAUUCAUACAAGUUGACAUGUGGCGAGCUUAUGAUUCAUUAACUUCAUUUUUUUUUUUGGUAAAGGCUUCAUUAAAUUUAUUUUCUGCUAAUCUUUGGCUCUGAUAACCUUUGUUAACUUGAGAAAUGUGACCACAUUCUCACAUUACUGGCUUCCUAAUAAUGCUAGAAUUUGAGCACUACACUUUUAAGACCUCUUUAGUUUGUCCUCACAUCUUAACCUCUUACACUACAAUUUUUUUUCAUUAACUAAUAUACCACUUAAGGAAAUGGAGCUCCCUCAAAGGGAAAGUGGUUGCUUUUAAAAUUCUAAAGAAGAAAAGUGGGAUUGGAGUGCGAGAUUGUUUAUUGUUCUGGACACGCAUUAGCUAAGAAUUAUGUGAUAUCCAUUUCAAAGAAGUCAUUGUACUGAAUGAAUCUUAUGAUUGUAACACAUCACCACUUUAGGGUGUCCUAAUUGUAUAUAGAACACUUAUUUCUUCAUAUAUCUCAUGCCCCCUUUUACUUGCAACUUUGACCAGUUCGUUUUGACUUCUAGCUUUCUUUUUUCCCAAUUGAUACAUGACUUAUUGAGGGUAAUUUCAGAUAUAAUGGCCUAUGUUAUGUGAUUUGUGAUUGAAAAUAGUGUUGGUGUUUCAUGGUUGAUUUGUGAUCUUAGAAGUUCAUGGAGGGUCACAUAAACCUGGUGAGUGGUGACUAUUUAAUUUCCUCUUUAGACACUAGUGGAUAUUUUUUAUUGUAUCUUGUAAUCUUGCUUUCAGAGCAAAGAAGAUACAUGCUUAAACAAGAUUGGGUGACUAUUUAAUUUCCUCUUUAGUCACUAGUGGUAUGUUUUGGCCUGAAGAAGGGUGUUAGUGGUAUAUUGGAGCAAGAAGAAUACAUGUUUAAACAAGAUUGGGUAAGAGUGCACUGAAUAAGGGUGAACUUUUAUGGGACUUGAAAAUUAUUGUCCAUUUCUUUAUACCUCUAGUAGUCAAUUUAGAACCACUAAGAAUAUGAAUAUAAGUAUAUAACUGUAUUCCUUGCUAUAGAUAGAUAUCUAGUUGCUUGCUUUCUUGCAUGUAACAUUUGCAUCCUUCAUUCUUCCUGUGCAUGCAAGAGAUGAUGGUUCUAAUGUUUAAUGUGCUCAGUUUACUUAGUCAUGUGUCAGCCCUGGAUGCUUGCCCUAAAUGUGGCAGCAUUGAUGUCCCCUACCCACUUAGCACAGCUUAUGACUGUGGUGAUCCUAGGUACAGAAUUUAUUGCAACAAUGGCAAGCUAGAGUUCCUGUCAGCUGAAGGGCUUUACUAUGAGAUCCUCAGCAUUACUCCAAGCACUUAUAAGCUUGUUAUUAGUCCUCCACAAGUACCACAAAACAUGUGUUACUCUUCUGAUCUAAGCGUAGGAGGAUUAAGUCUUGAUGAUAACUUGCCUUUCAAUAUUUCCGGUCGUAACACUGUCAUGUUAUUGAACUGUUCUGAUUCAAUACUUUUGUCUCCAAUGAACUGCUCUUCAAACAGCGUUUGUAGGCUGUUUGAGGAAGUGAGGGAGGGAAGUGGCUGUAAAGGUACACUUUGUUGCCAUUACUUGAAAGAUGUAUCAAUGAACGCGCAUAGAAUUAGAGUAAGGGUUGGAGGCUGCACUGCUUAUACUUCUGUAGUAGACAUGAUGCCUGAAGAACCCAUUGAUUCGUGGAAUUAUGGCGUUGAGCUUCAGUGGAUUCCUCGUGCUUGAUUUUAAAUUUGGGGUGCUGAUUACUGCAGUUGUGAUGCAUACUGGUACUUGUUAACUUCUGGCAUUGAUCUAUAUGCAUUAGAAUCAGCCACUUAAAUUUUUCUGUGUGUUCAUCAUGGUUGUUCCCUUGUUUUUGCUUUUACUUCAAUCUCAAGAUAACUGUAUCAGGCUUGCCUGAGCUUGAGGUGGGGCAUGUGAAAUGUUCCUCAUGCCUUUGUUCCAAUUCUGUUGGUAUUGCUGCUUAUGUUCUUAGUUUCUUGGAAUAACUCACCCCACU